GGUUAUGCAGCUGCUAAACAGGUUUUUCCAUCGCAGAAACCCGAAUAUGAUAGUAAAGUGGUAGAACAAAGAUUUUAUUCAAGCGAUGAGUCUGAAGAUAAGAUGCCAAAUGAGCCUGGAAAAGAGUUAGGUGGAUCUGAUUAUGUAAUAUGCAGGAUAUGCGAGGAGGAAGUUCCUCUCUCACAUCUGGAACCGCACUCUUACAUAUGUGCAUACGCAGAUAAAUGUGAAAUAAAUUGUUUGGAUGUCGAUGAGCGCCUUUUGAAACUUGAGGAGAUACUGGAACAGAUAAUUGAUUCACGAAGUUUAAAUUCCUUCACUCAAGCUGGUGGCCUGGAAAACUCUGUUUUGCAGAAAUCUGGAGUUGCAUCUGAAGGUUGUUCUCCCAAGAUGAAUGAAUGGCGGAAUAAAGGUGUAGAGGGAAUGUUUGAGGAUCUGCAUGAGAUGGACACUGCCUUCAUAGAUGAGUCUAGCACAUAUCCUAUUAACCUGAAGAGCCAUGUAGGGGCCAAACUUUGCCAUCAUGGCACUUCAUCAUCAACAGGUAGCAUCACGUCAGUAUCUUCAACAAAUACCCCCAGAACA